GACAGUCAAAGGUGCGCCAAGGGUGUCUUCUUCUCUGGCCGCAUCAGUUCUGGCCGUUUGCCCGGGAUCCUCCACAGGCGAAUUUUUUUGUGUUCUGUGUGUGUGUGUGUGUGCGUGUGUACUUGAAUGCGUAUGUGUAGCUCUCACAAUGGUACGUUCCAGUGACACUACCAUUGCUGCUGCCGGUGGUCCGGUACUGUUCGAGGUGCUCGGGGACCACCGCGACCGUGGACUGCUGUCCGGUUGGUCCGGGUCCUGCCGGUCGACAGCUGCCGAUGGUUGCCAGGCGCGCCAGCAGGGCGUUCUGCUGCUGCUCGGUACCGCCUUUCUCGUCUGCUGUGUGGUGGUGUAUCGCGAGCGCUAUCGGCGCCUGAUCCGGCACAUCGAUCGCAUACCGGGACCGGCCGCCCUGCCCAUUCUCGGGAACGCGCUGCUCAUCAACGCUAACCGCGAAGAGCUGUUCAAUCGAAUCAUCGGCGCACGGAAGCUGUACGGUCGGCACCAGGGCAUCAGCCGCAUCUGGAACGGGCUAACGCCGUACGUGCUGAUCUCGAAGGCGGCGGCAGUCGAGAAAAUACUCAGCAGCACCAGAAACAUCGAAAAGGGCCGGGACUACGAGUUCCUGCGGCCGUGGCUCGGUACGGGCCUGCUGACCAGCCCGGCCCGGAAGUGGCAGUACCGGCGCAAGAUCCUGACACCGACCUUCCACUUCCGCAUCAUGGCUGACUUUGUGGGCGUCUUCAACCAGCAGGCGGCCGUCCUGGUGCAGAAGCUGGCCGCCGAGCUCGACCUGGGCGCCGGUUUCGACUGCGUGCGCUACGUCACGCUUUGCUCGCUCGAUAUCAUCUGUGAGACAGCAAUGGGUUGCCCGGUGUACGCGCAGCAGCAUCCAGAUUCCGAGUACGUGAAGGCACACGAGAAGAUCGGCGAGAUCAUGCUGAAUCGGUUGCAGAAGUUCUGGCUCCAUCCGGACUGUAUCUUCCAGCGUACGGCACAGCACCGGGAGCAGCAACGGUGUAUCGAGAUCUUGCAUCGCUUCUCCUACCGCAUGAUCGACCAGCGCCGGUCGGUGCUCCGUUCGGCCAAGCUGGCCACUCCGCCCGAGCGUGAGAGUGCGAGUGCGAGUGAGGAGUCCGUUGGAGGGCAGCGGCGCCGGCAGCUUGCCUUUCUCGAUCUGCUGAUCGACGCCUCGGACAAUGGGCGGCUGCUGACGGAUGAGGACAUACGGGAGGAGGUGGACACGUUCAUACUGGGCGGGCACGAUACGACGGCGACCGCCAUCUCCUGGACGCUCUUCCUGCUCGGUACGGAACCGGCGGUGCAGGAGCGCGCCAUCCAGGAGCUCGACUCGGUGAUGGGCGGUGACCGGGAGCGGUCACCGACGAUGCAGGAGCUGGCCGGCAUGCGGUACCUGGAGGCGUGCAUCAAGGAGGGAUUGCGGCUGUUCCCCAGCAUACCGGUCAUUGGGCGCCGGUUAACGGAGGACGUCGUGCUGCAGGAGGAGGAGGAGAAGCAGAAGGAGGGUACGCCGACCGGUGGUCACCGGUUACCGGCCGGCACUAACGCGAUCAUCGUCGUCUACCAGCUGCACCGCGAUCCGGCCGUCUUCCCCAAUCCGGAUCGCUUCGAGCCGGAACGGUUUCUGGGCGAUGGCGCGGUCAGCCGGCGCCAUCCGUACGCCUACAUCCCGUUCAGUGCCGGACCGCGGAACUGCAUCGGUCAGAAGUUCGGGGCGCUCGAGGCGAAAGCCGUCCUGUGCGCCAUCCUGCGCCACUAUCGCAUCGAAGCGAUCGAUCGGCGCGAGGAUCUGACGCUCUACGGUGAGCUGGUGCUGCGCUCGAAGGGAGGCCUUCGGAUACGCAUCAGCCGCCGGCAGUAGUGAAUUCGCAAUCCCAUCAUUUACGGCCCUUUUACGCGCACAUCAUCGUCAUCUAGCCACACACACACACACACGCACUAACACCCCAUUCCCAGCUAAUGCUUGUCUAGUCGAUCUCACGCGUAUACGAGUUUAGGUACCCGGUCCCGGUAUUUAUCCUGCUCAGAUAUGGUAUCGCUUUAGUACGUUUAAUACACCACACUUACAUUGGGAACGCGCACAAUGCACACACACACACACAUAGAUUUCACUGGAUUCCGGCAUCCAUAUGGAUUCGAUCCAUGCAAUUGUUGUUAUGGUGUUGGGGUUAAUGACGACAGUUCGAAAUGUUCGAAGGUUCGAGAACAAGACUCGACGAUGCUCGACGAAACUCCGAAGGCUCGCUCGGUGGAGAUCUGUAGACUAGAUAUAGAAAGAGAAAAUAAUAGCGAAUAAAACAA